CAGUCAACCUCUCUUAGUGUUGGCAAAGCACUUGCUCAGUACGCACUUGAGGCUCUCGUUGCUGGAAAAAUCACAUUCACAGUGGAUCCCUCGUCAGUCCCUGCUGUCCCUUAGCAGUGCAGUCAAGGAUGUCCCUUUUCUCACAAAUUGCCUUUAUCGCCUUGCUCUGCAGCCUGAGUUUAACCCGGGCCUUGUAUUUCCACAUCGGGGAGACGGAGAAAAAAUGCUUUAUAGAGGAGAUUCCUGACGAAACGAUGGUUAUCGGUAAGUACCGCACUCAGCUCUGGGAUAAACAGACGGCAGCCUUUCUGCCAUCGACACCUGGCCUGGGGAUGCAUGUGGAAGUCAAGGAUCCUGACACCAAGGUGGUCCUGUCCAGACAGUAUGGCGCAGAGGGUCGCUUCACUUUCACGUCGCACACCCCUGGAGAACACCAGAUCUGCCUGCACUCCAACUCCUCCAAGAUGGCGCUCUUCACUGGGGGGAAGCUAAGAGUUCAUCUGGAUAUCCAGGUGGGUGAGCACACCAACAACUACCCCGAGAUCGCAGCCAAGGACAAGCUGACAGAGCUGCAGCUGCGCGUGAGACAGCUCCUGGACCAGGUGGAGCAGAUCCAGAAAGAACAGAACUACCAGCGGUACCGUGAGGAGCGUUUCCGCAUGACCAGUGAGAGCACCAACCAGCGGGUCCUGUGGUGGUCCAUCACCCAGACCGUCAUCCUCCUCAUCACUGGCAUCUGGCAGAUGAGACACCUCAAGAGCUUCUUUGAGGCCAAGAAACUGGUGUAACCUGUGAACGGGAUGAGGAAGAGGGCAGAGAUUUGCAGAAAAUCUCACAGGGAACAUUGUCUUUCUAAAGAAUUGCAUGGGUUGAGCUGAGUAACAAUUCCCUGGUAAGGUACACGUGUUACCUUAAAAGGGGAAUUGAUUUUAGCCUCAAUAUCUUAAUUUUUUUGCAUACCUCUGGGUUUGGCUUUUGGAUGCAACUGUUGUUGUUAUUAUUAUUUAUUUUAUUUAUUUUUAUAUACAAAAGACCACUGUUAUACCCUGUUUUCCCUUUUGAGUGCUUUGACAAUGUGGCCCCUGGCUGACAGCAACAAUCUGCUCAGAUAUGUGUAACUGGAGCAGCUGAAUUCCUUACUUUUGGAUAUACCAGCUUCUGGUUGUUUCUAAUGCAUUCACAGUGACUGUAUUCAAGAUCACUGAAGCUAUGUAGGUUAACUAAAACGCCUGUGAAGGAACUCAUUUAGAAUGAUGCACUCACAGCUGCUAUUGAUCAGUACUGGUCAGUAUAAGAAGUCUAAGCCCCCAAGAUUUGAAAUACCAGGCAGUGGCUGGCAUUUGGAUACAGCACUGCCCUAUAUGAGUUUGUUCACAAUUUUGUAUAUAUUUGUGGAUUUAAAACACAAAGGCUGUUUGCUGCCCAGGGACAGUCAUUCACUAAUGCUUCAUUCCUAAGCUGUAAAAACACUGAACAGUACAGCCUGUAUCUUUCACACUUUUGCAUUCCAAAAUCAAUGACAUAUUUUAAUUGUAAUAGUAUGGGUACUAUUAAGUAACUGAGCGGCUCAGAGUGAGAAUUUUUCUGCUUGCUGUUCACUGCAAUCUGCUGUGUAGCUCUGAGCUGCACAGGGCCAAUUACUUAACACACCCACUGUCAAGUAUAUAUGUGGUAGAACAGGAUUUAAACGUUCCUGGGGGUGGGAUUGUGGUAGUGUUUUUAGUUUGUUUUUUUAUAUACCGCUGUUUGUUUGUUUUGGGAAGGGCUGUCAUUGACGUUCAUCUUUACCUGUGGCCUGUAGCAGAUUUGGAAGACAAACCCUCAUCAUUUAAUAACAAUUACAGAGAAAAUUACAAACUAUAAUCUUGGAGAAAAAGCCAGUAACUGGGCCACGAUGAAUGAUUACAAUUAAUAUAUAAUGGCAAGAAAGAAGAAAUUGAAGCAAUUUCCCAAUACAAACCCCAGCUCUGUUUAAGGGUAGGUAGGCUCCUAAUUAAGAUAGCUCUUUAAAUAAGCAGACUCUAGACUAACCACAGCAGAAUCUGUUCAGUCCUCCAUGUAUAAUGUACAACCCAAUGGGCAAUGGAGGCAACUUACAUGAGGCCUUAGAAAUGACAGAGUCUGGCACAACUCACUGUAUGAAGAUAUUACAGGGGAAAAUCUUGUGAGAGUGUUUCUUUUCCUUUUUCGCAGGAGUUGCAUGCAUUUGUAGCUCCACCUCCCCUAAUACCUCUCUUUGAAACAGUCUAGUUCAGUGUGUGUGUGAAGUGUUGUUGUGUAGGUAUUUGUUAUGGAUUGUCCUUUUGUUAGGGUUCAAUGGGUGCUCUAAGAAACUUACCACUACUAAAAAGAAAAAUCUGUCAAUAGUCUAAAAUAGUGUUUUCAUCUGGGUGAUGGUGGAACCAUGUUUUGGAUUUCCAAGCUGUGAACAUGUCUUUAAAUGUGUUCUGCCUUUUAGUAAUAAUAUUAUUAAUGAAACUUAUGUAGCGCCUUUAACUGUAAAUGCUGUCAAGGCACUUCAGCUGUGCACAUAAGCAAGUAUAUUAAAAUGUGAUCUACAUUAACAAGCCAGUCUAGGUUUGCAGGGUAUUAUCUGAAAUUCUACUGAGCUGCAAAAAUAUUUGGAGUGGGGGGGGGGGGGCUACUGCAGCUGUUUAUGUUUGUUUUUCCUGCUCUCUUCUUGGGAGGAAUCUCAGAUCCAUCAACACCCAGUUCCUCCAAAACGUUCUAUUUAAUUUGUUUUUAUAGUAAAUAAAGAUAAAAUGAGUAUG